UUUUGUCUCAAAAAACAAUCAUAAACAAACACAAACCCCAGAGAAAAUAAAGAAAAAGGAAACGUAGAAAAAAAGCUUCUCCAAACUAAUAUCAAAAUUCAUCUCUUCGUGGCCCUCAAGUUUCUUCUGAUCCUUUUCCACUUCCUUUCGUUCUCAGGGAUUUGUACAAAGAUAAAGUUGCGAUUUCGCUGUGAAAAUCUGCUCUUCCUUGACUUUCUUGUUCCCAAGAUGGAGUAUUUUUCGUUAUUAUAGUUUGGGUUUCUCGUUGCUCCUUGUUCUGGAAAUCGAAGUCGAAAUUCAGCGUUGAAUAAUUGGUUUGGUAGGUUUCUUUGGAGUUGAAUCGGUCCAAGUUGGCUCCUUUUUGGUGCAAGAUCACUGUGACCCAUAGAGGGUCUGUGUCAGCAUUGAACCCAAUUCCAAUUGGUUAGGGAAUAGAGGAAAGUGCUAAAAUGGUUGAAUCAAUUGCUACCACUUCACUCCUUGGCCACCUUCCUGUCUGUGGAGGAAAUUUGAUAAGAGAUGUUUCUGGUAAACGCAAAUCUUUGAGUACUUGUAGGUUCCCAACUACUGAAUUUCUUGGUGGAAGGAUUGCUGUUUCUCUGCCUGUGCCAAAAUCCAAGGGACAUGGAUUCUGGUCAUCAUCAAUUAGGGCGCUUGCUGUGGAGCUCACAAGAGAAGCAUAUUCAUAUAGAGAAGACAAAUUACCCAAGAAGGAUAAUUAUAAGUUUGAUAGUGGAUUUGAUCCAAGGCCUGGUUUGUGGCCUCCUGCAAAUAGAGCAGAUAACCCUUCGCUUCGGAAUCCGUUGCUUCGACAAGAGAGGAUGGGGUGUGGCUGGUUGGGUGUCAUAUUUGAGUGGGAGGGGGUUCUCAUUGAAGACAACCCUGAUCUUGAGAAGCAAGCUUGGCUGGUCCUCUCUCAAGAAGAAGGCAAAUCCCCGCCUCCUGCAUUCAUCCUAAAGAGAAUUGAAGGCAUGAAGAAUGAACAGGCGAUUUCUGAGGUUCUUUGCUGGUCUAGGGACCCUGCGCAGAUGAGAAGAAUGGCUAACAGAAAGGAAGAAAUCUACCAAGCCUUGCAAGGAGGGAUAUAUAGUCUAAUGCCUGAGUCCAAGGAGUUUGUGAGCGUUCUGAUGCAUCAUAAGAUACCAAUGGCACUGGUUUCAACGCGUCCUAGAAAAACUCUCGAGUCUGCUGUGGGGCAAAUUGGUAUUGAAGACAAUUUCAGUGUGAUUGUAGCCUCAGAGGAUGUUCACAGGGGAAAGCCUGAUCCAGAGAUGUUUGUUUACGCAGCGCAGCUCCUAAAUUUCAUACCUGAGAGGUGCAUUGUGUUUGGAAACUCAAAUCAAACAGUGGAGGCAGCACAUGAUGCUCGGAUGAAGUGUGUUGCAGUGGCUAGCAAGCAUCCUGUCUAUGAAUUGGGGGCUGCAGACUUGGUUGUCAAGCGCCUAAACGAGCUUUCGAUUGUUGAUCUGAAGAAUCUUGCUGACAUUGAAUCACCUGAAUUCGAACCUGUGAUGGAGAUGGAGCUGGAAGAAGAUUCAGACAUAUCAUCCGUUGAUGAAAAUUUCUGGUAAUUGGUCAAUUCUAUAAAUGUACAGUUGAUUGAACUUCAUCUAUUCUUGAUGAUAUUAGUUAGAGAUUAGUUACUUGUGUAUAUUGGAAAAACAGAAUAAAUGAAAAACUAAAAAAAAAAAUGAUAGGUGGUAUGCAUUGAACCA